UUUCUACACCAUCCUUCUUGGUGAUAUGUCCUUAUGUGACAAUGCAAGUCUGUGUCUCACUAGUAUUAUGAAGCUUCUGGCAACAGUGAAACACACUGAGGCAGAAUAUCGUGAGAUUAUACAACGUACCUUGCUAGAAAGCAUGAAAAGUGGGCUCAGAAGUAAAAUGGAGAGUGUUCAGCAAGACUAUACUACUUUACUUUCCAAUUUGAUACGGACCUUCCCAGACCAUCCCGAGUUCUCAGACUUGGUUCAGCUCAAAGAUUACAAUGAUCCUGAGAUGGACUUCUUUGAGAACAUGAAACACAUCCAGAUUCACAGGAGAGCCAGGGCUUUGCGGAAAUUAGCCAAACAUAUCACAGAAGGAAAUAUGGUGCUCUCUUCCAAAUCCCUUCAGAAUUAUAUUAUGCCGUAUGCCACCAGCACUAUAUUUGAUGAAAAAAUGCUCAAGCAUGAAAAUAUGGUUAAUGCAUCAGUG